CAGUGUAUCAGAUUCAGACACAAAAAUCACCGCAUGGGACAUAGUUUUAUAUAAACCAGCCAUAAACCAGUCUCAAUAAAUCCAGUUUGGGUGAUAUCAGCAAUGUUUUGAAGAUAUAAGUAGAUAUUUUUCUUUGCUAAUUGUAGGAAGGUGAAUUUGUUUUCAGUUUCCCUGCUUACAGUCUUUGUGCUACGCUAAGCUAAAUGACACUGGAGAAGAUGAAGAACAGGAGAUUUUACCUACAUAACUGUUAAAAGUAACUGCUGAGCCAUGUCUGCCGGGCUGGAGGAUACAGACAACGUGUUCGACCUGAACGAGGCGAUCCCUGAGACCGAGCUGCUGGACAACAGCAUCCAGAAGGGCCGAGCCCAGCUGUCCGUCAAAGCCCGCAGGCACCGCCCCUCCAGGUCCCGUUACCGUGACAGCGUGAGCUCGACGGAGGGCGACGACAGCCUGGAGAGGAAGGACAGUCCGUUACACUCCGCCCGCUCACCUCUCCACCUGGCCAUGCGAGGCUCCUCCCCCUCUCCUGAUUCCCUGCUGUCAGCUCGAAGCCCCGCCUUCUCCUUUGACACUUCACUGGUGCGUCGCUCUCCAGAGGACGGAGGUGCGUCAUUGGCUGCUCCCCCGCGGGGGCGGUACCACCAGCUGACCAAUGCCACAUCUCAGGAGGCUCUGGUGACGCCCAGCAGCUCGCCGUCCAAGUCCUGCCCCUCCUCCGACUGCUCACCUGUCUACAUGAGGAGGAACAGGAGGCCCGACAGUGAAGUGUUAGUAUCUGAUAGGAGUCGGGACACCAGCCCAGCUGAUCCCGGCAGUCCCACCGUCGUCUUCGACAAGAAAACCAAACGACGCUUCCUGGACCUGGGGGUGACUCUGAGACGUUCAUAUAUCAGAGUGAGGAAAGAUAAAUCCAACAGACUGUCUGUGGGCAGCAGAGAGCCGUCCGAGAGUCCGUCUCGCUCCUCGGGAUCCUUCGUCCCGUUCUCCUGGUUCUCUGAGGGACGGGGGUCCCUCUCCUCCUCCGGGACUCCCCCCUGCUCCCCCAAAAUCCCCCCGCUGGGCUCCCCGAGACCCCGCAAGUCUCACUCUCAGGAGUCGGCUCUCAGCGAGGAGUUCUCUCCUCCUCACACCUCCUCCUCCACCUCUCCUCCCGUCGACUGCUCCUCCUCCAGAUCCUCACAUCCCUACCACACCCUGUCCCAGUCCUCCGACGAGACGUGUGACGAGUCGUCCUGCCUCGUGUCUUCGUGGACGUCUCAGCAGGUCUGUCAGUGGCUGCGAGGACUCAACAUGGAGCAAUACGUCCCAGAGUUCAGUGCGAGGGACGUGGACGGACAGCAGCUGCUGCAGAUGGACGGAAACAAGCUGAAGGGUCUGGGCGUGCUCAGUUCGUCUGAUCGCAGCGCUCUGAAGCGUCGCAUUAAAGACAUCCAAACUGCAGCAGAGAAAGAGCGAAAAGCUCUCGACAAAAUGGAGAAACAGAAAGAGAAACAACGAAGGAAAGACCAGGAGCAGCGCAGGAACUGAAGACCACCACCAGGGGGAGACAGGAUCCAGAAUCUGAACAGCAACAAAAAGCUGUGAGAGUGAAUGUUUGACUCCACAAACAGUCUCUGCUCCAGGUUUCUACACGUCCUGUCCUGAAAAUAUCAAAUGCAAACAUGAUGUCUGGAAGGUUUUUACAAGAACAAAAAUACAACCUGAUUUCUUCAGCAGCUGUACGGAAGCUCAGUGAUGACAAAAAAAGUUGAAUAAUAAGAAAUUAUAAAAAUUAAAACUUGAAAUGAUGACAUAUUUCAGGCUCUGCCUUCUUACGGUGGCCCCAAAGGACAAAUUACAAAAGUUUUAAUAUUUUUAUUUUAACGUUCAUGAUUUCUCUUUUCUUCUUUUGUUUGUGUUUAUUUUCAUUUUCAUCACUAAAUAAAAACUAAAUGGACAAUUUAAAUCAUAUUUUUGAUUCGGAGAGUGUUCUCUCGCUCUUGCACGUCACCACACGUUUGGUCCUCCGUAUCCCACAAUCCUCUGCACACCCUGAUGAUGUCAGCAGGUGUUUGUUGAGGUGAACGGAGACGUUUCUCACAUCGGACGGUUUCACCUGUGGAGGAGCAGGUUCAGCCUCCAGCUCCGCCUCCUCUGGAGGAAACACCCUUUUAGGCCACGCCCCCCAGAGGAGGCGGAGCCUGAGUUGUGACGCCGCUUGAGUAAUUUACCUAAAAAAAACUAUUAAAAACUGAAACAGAAAUAUUAUUUUUGUCCUCAAGACAAAAGAAAAUGAAAAUGAAUUUCUUUGAGAGUUUUGAAUUCCGAAUUACAAAAGUUUGUUUUUUUCUAAGUCUGUAAAUGUUGGCGUUGAAAGGGGGCGGAGCCUGAAAUGAACAGUUUUUAUCAAUGAAGAAGAGACACAAACAGAGAAGGUGAGUUUGUGUGACGUCAGAUAUUCAGAUUAAAUUUCACUGUUUGAAGCAUCAAAACUAAAAAGUCUGAUGUGUUUGUUUCUGAUGUCGUCUGUACUGAAUGACCUUUGACCUCUGAAAUCUACAUUUAAAUAUUUCAAUAAAUCUGAGAGAAACGUUUAGCAA